AUGGAUAAUUUUUCCUCCCAGCCUGAACUCAAUGCUUCCUGUACUGAUGUGGAUUGCUAUAGAACAGAACAACACUGGCACAACAUAACAGCUCCACAACCUAUUCCUAACUUCUACAUUGCUGUGCCCAUCAUCUAUUCCGUGAUCUGUGCUGUCGGACUCACAGGAAACUCUGCGGUCAUUUAUGUUAUCCUCAAAGCACCCAAAAUGAAGACUGUCACCAACAUUUUCAUUCUAAAUUUGGCUAUUGCUGAUGAGCUCUUUACUUUGGUACUCCCUAUCAACAUAGCAGACUACCUGCUGCUUCAGUGGCCCUUUGGUGAAUUCAUGUGCAAACUGAUAAUCUCCAUAGAUCAAUAUAACACUUUUUCAAGCAUUUAUUUUCUCACUGUCAUGAGCAUUGAUCGAUACCUGGUGGUGGUUGCCACCAUCAAAUCAAAGAAAAUGUCCUAUCGCACCUACAGGGCUGCCAAGACAGUGAGUCUGUGUGUCUGGAUUUUUGUCACAAUAAUCAUCUUGCCAUUUAGUAUCUUCGCCAAGAUACAUACUGAAGAGGGACGAUCCCAGUGUGUCUUUGUUUUUCCCAAUCCGGAAAGCUUCUGGUGGAAAGUGAGCCGUCUUUACACCCUGAUCUUGGGUUUUGCCAUUCCAGUGUCCACUAUCUGCAUCCUGUACAGCACCAUGCUCUUCAAGCUAAGGCGUAUGCGGCUCCACAGCAAUGCUAAAGCCUUGGACAAAGCAAAAAAGAAGGUGACAGUAAUGGUGCUGAUCAUCUUGGGAGUUUGCCUGUUCUGCUGGACCCCCUAUCACCUGAGCACUGUGGUAGCCCUCACCACAGACAUCCCACCGACCCCUCUGAUCAUUGGAAUCUCCUAUUUCAUCACCACACUGAGUUAUGCUAACAGUUGCCUCAACCCAUUCCUGUAUGCCUUUUUAGAUGAUACUUUCCGGAAGAGUUUCCGAAAGUUGGUUGAAUGUGGAACUUCCUCAUAA